ACAAUGUGUUGUGAUAAGGAAUUACGGUGAUUAGAAAAUAAAACUGUGUGAUUAUCAUAGCUUACGUAACUCUAAACACAAUUGAUUAACGUCACGGGAGUUCAUUGUUUCUGUUAUCAGCAUUGUUCAAAUUCGUGCAAAGAGGACUACCGGAAUAAACGUUUCUCGACCAUGAUCAUCACCCAAAGCAUGAAGAAGGAAAUGGCCAGCCGGCAGCAAGAGGCUGCCCGAAGGAUGGCGCAGAGGCAGAUGGCGCUGCAGGUAGCGUCGGUGCGAGAGCGCCUUGAGUGGUUCGCGCCCUUCUUGCUCUCAUCAGCGACGUUCCUGCUCCUCGGUUACCGCAAGACCCGGAGCUCUGUCGUGCUGUACCCCUUGGUGCCCAUGUGCUUUGCCCUGGGCUAUCAGGUCGAUUUCGCUUUCGGAAACAAGACAAACAGAAUUAAAAACAUCGCGGAAGGUAUCAUGAGACACGAGGGACAACUGAUCCAUGUGCCCGAGUGGCACUACAGCGAUCCCCCUCAGGCAAAAUCACGGUGGGCGCCCCUCUUAUCAAACCCCGACACGCCCACACCCGGGGCACAAGCCAAGAUAAAAGAAUCGUAAGCCU